UUUUCUCUAUAUUUUCUCUCUCUCAAUAAUUAUUUUGACCAUUCCCUUCCCCCAAACUUCCCCCAACGGCCGCCACCAACGGAGAGAGGUUCCCCCGCUCAUUCAGCGCAAUCUUUGUCUUCAUUUUCUCUUCAUUCCCCUCUUGAUCUUUUUUCUUCCUUUCUCUUUUUUUCAAUAUUUAUAGGAAGGACAAAGAAUAAUAUAAUAAAAUAUCCCCCCUAUAACACCAACAUUGAACAUAUUUUCAUCCCUUUUCUCCUCUCCAUUUACCCCCCCCCCCCUUCCAUUCCUUUAGGCUAAUCCCUUUCUAUAUUACAUUGUCAAUAAUAUUUAUACACAUUCCACUCAUUCAUUUCCCCACUUUUCAUUUUUCUUCAUAACUAGAACACUUUCCCCAACUUUCAUUUACUUUUUUUAACACAAAUUAAUUCAAAAAAUAUGCAGUACAUAAAAGCCAUUGAAGGCGAAAUGCUAAAGCCAACACGUGGAUUAUUGGUCCGUAAUUGGACUGAGGAUGUCGUUAAUUUGGUUCAAUAUCCGCGAACUCAUUCUGUUGUUAAUGCAUCUCCGUUUUGUGUAAAGUUGGAAACUUGGUUGCGUAUUACUGGGAUAAAACACAAGAAUACCGACAACGAAAUGACAAAAGCAUCAUCAAAAGGUCAACUUCCAUUUAUCGAACUUAAUGGAAGGCAAUUUGCGGAUAGCAAUUUUAUUAUUGACCAUUUGAAAAGUCAUUUUAAAUUAACAAUAGACGAAAAUUUGAGUGACCGGGAAAAGGCUGAUGCUCGAGCAUUUACUAUUCUUAUUGAGGAGUCGCUCUUUAGGUAGAAAAUAUUUUUUCACUUUACGACCCUUUCUUCAGAAGGAAUAUCCGGAAAUUUCUUAGACACUGACAAAGGAGAGCCUUUUGGGUGUCCGUGGGACUUCGGGAUGAAAUUUGGUAGAGAGGUAGAGUAUACCCUUUCUAUUGUAAAUCUUGAACCAUUUUCGCUGCGGGGUACCAGGGACCGAGUUAUAAGCCCCCAAAGUUUUAGGAUCCCCCUCAGUUUUCUUUUUUACAUAUAAACAAUUUAUUUUUAUUUACAACUGUGUUCUGCGGUGGUGCAGUGGUAGAGUUCUUGAAUUUCCUUUUUUUCUAAAAGUUCGAAUCCUGAUUGAGCAAAUUAAU